AUGCUUGCCGGUAAUGCUCUCACUUCUUUGCCUUCGACUAUGGCUCAAUGUCGAAAUUUACAGCUGCUACGCAUUUCUGUCAAUCAGCUUGGUAAAAUACCCUCAUGGCUGUUUUCGAUGCCGCAACUGUCGUGGUUGGCGUUUGCUUCUAAUAUGGACCGUGGAGUUUCGCAAACGGACGAUGAUCUAAUAGGAGUUUCAUGGGGUGAUCUCAUCGUAAUGGAGCAGUUGGGUGAAGGUACCUCAGGCAUCAUUUCGAAAGCACACCGGCAGAACACAGCGCAGCAAGAAGUGGCUGUAAAAUUAUUUAAAGGAGAAUUAACAACCGACGGCUUACCCACGGACGAAAUGUAUGCUUGUAUGGCCGCAGGCGUCCACUCGAAUCUGGUUCAAGUAUUGGGCAGAAUCGUUGGUCAUCCGGAACAAAAACGUGGCUUAAUGCUAGAACUCAUUCCGUCCACUUUCAAAACGUUAGCUGGUCCACCCAGUUUGGACACAUGCACGCGAGAUAUUUAUCAACCGGGCACGUUGUUUUCUCGAAGCAAACUGGAGCAAAUUGCCUCGGGAAUCGCUGCAGCAGCCGCUCAUCUGCAUAGUCGCGGUAUCAUGCACGGUGAUCUUUACGCUCAUAAUAUUCUGGUGGGUCCUAACAAAGCAUUGCUAAGCGAUUUCGGUGCAGCCACAUUGUAUGGGAAAGACUAUUCGGAUGAUGCAGCCGCUAUCGAACGUUUGGAAGUGAGAGCUUUUGGAUAUCUCUUGGAAGAACUGCUCGAACAUAUCGAUCCGAAUGAUACUCACUCAGAAUCGAUUAAUGCUUUUACUCAGCUGAAAGAAGACUGCAUGCAAUUGGAAGUCUUGAAACGGCCCAAUUUUGCUGAGAUCUGCCACCGAAUAGCUGCUUUUCGAUUACUGACCAAAACGCUGUCGUCAACAUGA